GCACAAGGCCGUGAAAGUGGGGGGACAGCCUGGAUCCUGACUGCUGGAGUGUGACCAGAAAAAUCUGAGUGUCGGCGGCUGUCUCUAAUAUAUGUGACUUCAGUGGAUUCGAACAAUUUUUGCAAUGUCUUUGAAAACCAGCCACUUGUUUUUCUUUGACCAGGCAAGUUAUAGGAAUUUUAAAAAACCACGGAAACAGCCAGGAAAAAAAGAUUUUGAAGCACUUACUCCACCCAAAGGUCAACAAACAGUUAACCUAGCUCGCAGCCCACAAAAGACCAAAAAACGUUUGCCAGCCUCGGCAGUUUUAACUGAGCAAAAGGCAGUGGAUGUUGCUCAGGCCCGUAACCGGCCCGGCUCAGGAGCCAGUGUGCUCAAUGUCUUCAUUUCCUCGCUUGCGGAUGAAGUUGAGCAUGUGCAGUAUUUUGAGAACCUGCAAGCUGCCACCCCUUUCCUGUUGACCGAGAUUGAUGGAAUGAUUCUUCAUUGCAAGAUCGCUGGAAUCCCCUUCCCCCGGGGCCUGGAGAACAUCUUGAACUACAGCUGGAACGAUCUCAUCAACGACGUGUCCUACAAAAGGAAGCAGUGGCCGACGGCAGCUUGUAAGAGAACCUGUGUGCCCAAGAAGCCCCCGCAGAAGCUGAGCCGGGCCCAUGGCAGUGUAACAUCGGCCAGCACCAUAACUAACAGCAGUAGAACCAGAACCAGAUCAGCGCCCAUAUCAGAGGAGCUGAAAGAGAAACCGAACAUCAAGGUGAAUCAGAGACACGUUUCACGCAGCACUGUCAAAGGGUUCACAAUAAAUUUCUCAGUCUCAUCGAAAGCCUGCCUGGACCAAGGGUGGAUUAUCAAACCAUAUGAUGAAACCAUUGCAAAACUGAACUGGAGGGAGAUUUACACCCUGAUGUUGGAAAAACUUCAAGUCGAAAAUACAAAGAUCAAUUUUGAAAAGUCAGUGAUGAUGAAAUAUGGAUUUGACAAGCCAGUGAUUCUGCUGCAUUAUGAAGAGGCCAAAAUUGAACCUAGAUUCAGGAAGUACAUGGCAAUGCCAGAGAUGCCACUUGUAAAGGAUGGGAUACCUCUAAUUCCAAAUUUAAAAGUGGAGAACCCUGCUUUAAGUAAGCUGCAUUAUGCAUUGAAUGAUGGGUCGGCCAUCAUUUAGUAUCCUUCAAACUUUGAGACUGACAUCUUUAUCCAUGACACAGUGACCCGGACCUGUGUGUUUUGAGA